AUUGCGCACAAAGUUGGUUCGCGGUCGUGCAAGAGUCCACAUGAGCCUGUUGCCAGUUAUUGAUCCUGACACGAUUAAACAACACUGCAUUGCUGUCAACUACGAAAACAAUUCUGAUCACGCAGCAUUUAUAAAAACGUGGCGAUAAAUUGUUACGGUAACGUGUGCGCCUACAUUUACACAAAGUACUAUGAUAUCGAAAUGUGCUGUAGUGCCUCUUCGACGUCAUCGUUGUUCUGUCAAAAUGUAGAAGUUUCGUAAGACUCGAAAUAUCGAUGAGUGACACUUGUACCAUUUGUACGGAAAGAUGUCAUCGGUAGUUUUUUGCGGAAAAAGAAACUUUUAAAUAAAACAUAUUGAAAAUUCUUAUUACUAAGAAAUUUGUAAUUUUUUGUUAAACGCAUUUUUUAAAAACUACGUAUUUUGACUUGGAACUCUAAGAAGAGUUGAAUUUGUAUUGCUGCUGCACAUGUGAUCCUUUAGGUGUUAUCUUCGAUUCGUAAUGAAGAAGUUUACAAUUAAAGGCGUGCUUGACGGUUUCCGAUCGUCGGUACCGCAACCCGUCAAACCCGAUCAAGAAAUCGUCGAAAAUUUACGGCCGGAACAUUUUCAAGUAAAGAAGACGUUCAGGCAUGGGUUUCCACAUCAGCCGACAGCGGUGGCAUUCGAUCCGAUUCAAAGGCUUCUCGCUAUUGGCACUAAAUCGGGAUCUCUCAGAAUUUUGGGCCGGCCGGGCGUGGACGCGCACGUGAAACACGAGGGAUGCACAGCCGUGAUACAAUUGCAGUUCUUAAUCAACGAGGGAGCGCUGGUUUCAGCCACCGCGGACGACACGUUGCAUCUAUGGAAUUUUCGCCAGAAAAUACCGCAGGUUGUGCAGAGUCUAAAGUUCCAGAGAGAAAGAAUAACGUGCAUUCACCUACCGUUGCAAAGUAAAUGGCUGUACGUUGGUACGGAACGAGGGAACAUUCACGUGCUCCAUAUCGAAACGUUUGUCCUCUCCGGAUACGUAAUUAAUUGGAACAAGGCUAUCGAAGUAUCUAGAAAGACCCAUCCUGGUGCUGUAGUACACUUGAGUGAUAAUCCUUUAGAUUUGAGCAAGAUGCUGAUAGGAUACGAGUCGGGGCAAAUAGUUUUCUGGGACUUGAAGACGAAAAACGCGGAUUACAGAUGCCAGAGCGACGUGCCUUUAAGAUCGAUAUCUUGGCACCACGAGGGUAAACAGUUUAUGUGCAGCCAUACCGACGGAUCUCUGUCAACAUGGACGGUGCGUCAGUUGAAACCGACGAAUGUAACGCAUCCGCACGCGAAAACUACUAAAGAUGGCGAGCCAGAGCCUUGUAAGCCGAUACAGAAGGUUGAGUGGAAGCUGUCAAGAUCGGGGGAGGCGUACGUUAUAUUUUCCGGUGGCUUGGCGUACGACACAACUGGCCGAACUCCAAGUAUAACAGUGAUACAUGGGAAAACUACUACCGUACUAGAAAUGGAACACAAUGUGAUAGACUUUAUAACGCUCUGCGAAAAUCCAUGGACCAGUGAUUAUCAAGAUCCAUACGCUGUAGUGGUUCUGCUACAAAACGACUUGGUUGUGAUAGAUUUACUAACUCCCGGAUUCCCGUGUUUCGAAAACCCGUAUCCAAUGGACAUACACGAGUCGCCCGUCACGUGUUGCGCGUAUUUCGCGGAUUGUCCGUCGGACUUGGUGCCGGCGUUUUAUUCGGUUGGGUCCAAGUCUCAGAAAAAGACGGGAUUCAGCGAGAAGGAUUGGCCAAUAUCUGGCGGGGAGUGGAGCUCGAGCUCCAGCGGUUACAAUGAAAUUAUUUUGACCGGGCACGCCGAUGGAAGUAUAAAAUUUUGGGACGCGUCAGCAGGCACGUUACAAGUUCUUUACAAAUUAAAGACGGCGAAACUUUUCGAGAAGGGUAGAACGCGUAGCUUAGAUUCGGAGGAGGAUCCGUUAGCGAUACAACUAAUCUUCCUUUGCCCCGAGAGCCGGAAAUUAGCUAUUGCGGGGAGCGGAAGGCACGUUGUCUUGUUCAAAUUCAAGAAAGUAGAGAGUAUGUCCGAGGUAGUGACUUUGGAUAUAUCGCUGACGGCCGAACCGGUUAAGGAAGUGGAAAGUUCAUCCGAUCACGAUUCUCCGGCUGGCGGCAACACUUCAGGGAGCAGCGAGUCGAAGAAUAAUGAAUCGAGCCAAUCGCUGAAAAUUAAGACUGGUUUGCAGAAAAGGGCCGCGGGUUUCCAAGCGACCCUGGUCUGCUUGACGGUUACCAACAGCGGAGAACAAGCUGAGAACAUAACUGCUCUCAGUUUGAACUCUUCCUACGGUUUAAUGGCUUACGGGAACGAGUGCGGCAUAGUGAUAAUAGACAUUGUCCAGAAGAUCUCUUUGAUCGUGUUGAACACGGGCGACAUAGGUGGUAACGUGGAUCUGUGCCAACGGGUGCUGCGCAGCCCGAAACGUCAGGACGAGUUGAAACGGGAUAACGAGGACAAAGCGAGGAGUCCUAGCACAGAUCAGACUCGUGGGGACACUGGCGCGGAAUCUGAAGGAUUAUUAGGAAUGGUGGCCGACAGGGACGGCCAACAUUCUCAGAAAUGUCCGCCGCCUCGCGGCAGCGAAUAUCAAACUGGGAGCAAUAACGAUAAGGGGACCGCGGAGGAAUCUGUGAUUGAGAUGAAUAAAUCUGCGGUUAACGAGGAAGAAUCAUGCGCUAAGAAUCAUCACGGUUGGAAAGGAUUCAAUCUGAAGAGGCAGCUCAGCAAGGUUGAUUUGAAAAUAAAAAGUACUUUCUCGCCGGCUUUGCUCACGUCUCAGAAUGGGGUAGGCAGUGAUACUAGCAGUCAGAAAUCUUGCGUUUUUUACUGUAACGUGAACGAAAACGCGAGUUCGUUGUCUCCAGUUGAGAGUAUCGUGUCGGAAUCAUCAUUGUCGCCCGAGGACUCGUUGUCGGAGCGCGGGGAAAGCCCGACGGGCGAGGAUACAGGGAAGAGGAAGAGUCGGGAGGAGGGAGCGAGGAUGAGGGCGGUGGUGGCGAUCGACGCCGCACAGGCAGAUAGGAACAGAUGGAUCGGCAGGGGGGAGAGAGAGGCUCCCCCCGCGGACGGAGGAGGAGGAGGAGGAGGAGGAGGUGGUGUGGCCCGCCCGGUUAAUUUGACGUUGGCCGAGUGCCAAGAGUCGAGGCCCCCUAUAUUGAAGAAGAUCGUGAAGAUGAGGCAGGCGAAAAGGGAGGGUCGUUUGUUGUCGGUGCCGAAUUUAAAAUUUGCGAAAAAUGAUCCGACCAUGAUUUGUGACCUAAGAUGCGAGGAAACGAACACGGCCCCCGAAUCUUUCACCUACAAUCUAAUAAGAAGAUUCAGCCGGGUAGACAAAUAUGACAGUUCGUUUCAACGGUCAAGGAGCUCGAGCAUGUCGUCGCUCGAGAACAUCACCACCGAGACCAUCAGCUGCCUUACAUUCGCAGAUUCCUACACGAAAAAGAGCGAUACCAGCCCCGUGCCAACGCUUUGGAUCGGUACCUCUUUAGGAUCUAUACAAACGGUGAUAUUUAACACGCCGCCUCGUGGAGAACGACACGCGCAUCCGGUCGUUGUUUCUACGUGCAACGGAUCAACGUUCAAGUUGAAAGGAUGCAUUCUGUCUAUGUCAUUCCUGGAUUGUAACGGUGCCCUGAUCCCGUAUUCCUACGAAUCUUGGAAAGAUGACAGUAUGGAAAGCAAAGAGCGCAACAGGAGUCAAGGUAAAUGUGCGAACAGCCGAAUGUCACCGUCGAUGAAUACGCAAGCAGGUACGGGGGACGGGUUCGAAGAUCGUCAAUUUGUCGUAUUGGCGUCUGAGAAGCAGGCGAGGGUCGUUGCGUUGCCGUCUCAGAAUUGUUUGUACAGGCAACAACUGGCCGAAACUCAUAUCGUGAUCAAAGCAGAGAUUACCACUCUAAAAGAUAACGUGUGCCUCGUUUGUUACGUUUCGAAUGGUCACAUAGCCACGUACAGUUUGCCAAGCCUGAGGCUACUUAUAGACGUCGAUUUUCUACCGCUUAUAGAUUUGAGUUUUCAGACUACAAAACAUGGCAUUGUAGACCCCAUGUUGUCCAUAUGGGGUCAUCAACUCUUUGUUAAUGGCGAUACCGAUCAAAUUGCAAAAACGCUUUGCUUCAGCAACAGAGGCCACGGUUUGUACCUCUCCUCGCCUACCGAGAUCCAAAAGUUUUCCGUUUCCAGUCAAUUUUGCGGCGAAUUAACCGAGAUGAUGGGGGACUUGUUCAUCGGCCACGACAUGCCCGAACCGCCCAAAGAGAGCUUCUUCAAAGGCCUGUUCGGCGGAGGAUCGCGGAGCCUCGACAGGGAAGAAUUAUUCGGCGAGUCGAGCGGUCGAGCAUCCCGCACCGUGGCGAAACACAUCCCCGGCCCGAACGCGGGGGCCGAGAGCCUUCGCGAGCGCGUGACAACGGCCACGGGCGAGGUGAACCUCGCCCAUCAAAUGGUGCUGGAACGCGGCGAGAAGCUGUCGCAGUUGGAGGACAGAACGGCGCGGAUGAUGUCGGAGGCCGAGAGCUUCUCUCAGUCCGCCCACGGAUUGAUGCUCAAAUACAAGGACAAGAAAUGGUACCAGCUAUGAGGACAUCGAGGAUCGAGUCAACCGAAUCGAUUGUAUCGUUAUCUAGCGUUCACGUUUCUCACCUGUCAGCUCUGUCUGUAUUAAAGUAUCGAUCGUAUAUGGAAGGAUACGAAGGAUAAAAUCGCGAACUACUUUACCGACACGCACACACAGGAAACAUGAUAUAAGAAAAAAGGGGAUGCGAGUGAAGUUGAAUGCAUGCGUGAAUGCGUGUUUCGAGAAAGAAAGGAGAAAAAGGAAACAUAAUAAUGAGAUACUUUUACAAGCAGGUAUAUAUACACGCGCACAUCUUUCAACAAAGAAUAUUCAAAAAAAAAGAACAAAAAAAGAAUCGUAUAUACACGUAUAACACAGAUUAUAAGAUUAAAUAUAUAUAUAUAUAUAUAAUACUUGUACGUAAAAAGCGAAGAGACGAACGAUACGCACGUUAAAAAGAACACGGAUAAAAAGAGAAAUCCAGGGAUGAUCGCUAUAUUCGGGGUAAAAUUAUUAUAGCGCAUAUACAUAGUAUAAGAUAUAAAGGAAACCAAGUACUAUCUUAGGCAGACAUAGGAUUCAACUACGUGCGAGUCAAUAUACACACAAUUAUGUGACAAAUUCGCCUUUUAAUCGCUGUAUCUGUCAAUCCAUUCGGAUCCCUCCUGCAACGCGAACGAUGAGAUAAAGUAGUAAAAAAAAGAAAAAGAAAAAGAAUCAAGUUGUUCCGAAUGUAUUGACAAUAAAUAAAGGUAUAUAUUAAAUUGAUUGAUAAUAGCGCAUCGAGUAAAAGUUGAAUGCGGUGUAUAAUAUAUGAUUUACCCACGAUGUACUUGUUAUUAUUAUCUCGAGAUCGAGAUAAACCUGUCCCCAUCGUUGAUAAACCAUAUAUUAGUUGUUAUUAAUCGUAGUUAUCGCUAGAUACGCUGUGUACAUAAAGGAUAAACAAAAAUGCAGUAGAGAGAGAGAGAGAGAGAGAAAAAUAUUAUACAUGUUGAGACAAAGAGCUGUUUGUAUAAUACAACGUGUUGUAAGUUACGCGCUAGUUCAGCGUCGAUGAUGAAUUCAAUUGAAUUUAUGGUUAUAUACGAUGAACAAGGGGAAGAAGAUUAACCGCUACUAACGUAAUUUUAAAAAAAAAAAAAAUUAUACGUAGAUUAGAUUAAUUUAAACCGUUGUAUGCGCCGUGCGUAAGUUCGUGGUAAGUUCAUUUGAAUUUAUCCGGGAUUCUGAAUCGUCGUAAACCGCUUCCAUAGCAAUAAUUGUAUAGUUGAUGUUAAUGGUACUAAAUCACCCGCAUAACAAAAAAAAAAAAAAAAAACUUAUAUCAUAUAUAUAUAUAUAUAUAUAUAUAUAUAACGUGUCUCUGCAGAGAAUUAAUUAGAAAUUCUUCGAGUUCGGGUCGAACAAACUAUAUACUUGAUAAUAUAAUUUCCCUCGGACAAUAUAUACGUAAGUAGAGGUAAACAACCGAAGAUACCUUUUGUCACGGGACGUAUUUACUUAUCGAGUGAUUAAUAUUACCGUAAGGUCCACGUGCAACGUGCUGGACUUGCUCGAACAUCGUUAAUGUAAUAUCCAUAUAGGAAAAGUUUUUCGAAUUUUGGGAUUGUGAUAAUACAUUACAUAUAUAUAUAUAUAUAUACACA